GAUUGGCAGUCAAUUACAACAACCUGCGCCUCGCUCCUUAAUGUAUGAGUAUGUUGCCUGAGAGGGAAAACUGCAAGUUCAUUGGCAAACAGCGGCCGUUGAGAGUUGUUUCUGCGUAUUGCGCGUCUUUCCGUUAUUCAGCCAAGAUAGUCUUGAGGAACAUUUGAGAAGACUUGCGGACUUCGGUAUCUCAGGCGUCUGAGACGGUCAGCCCUUCCUCCCACAGCCCCGCUCGCUGACGGCGAUGGGACACGGACUCACGUCGCUGCCGAUUGAUAGCGAAAACCCGAGCCACUUUCCAAAGCAUGCGUUGACACUGGAAAUGGCGUAUCAUUAACUUGCCACUGAAACCUCAUUAGAUGCCGCAUUUGGGAACUUUCCAUGAAUACACACCGUUCAGGAGCAGAUUCGGCACUCUCAGGCGCCGGGAUCAUGCUGCGUACGCGUCACUCUUUAAACCGCCGGGGAUGCUUCACAGAGCCAAGUACAGUAUAGUCGCUUCAAAAACGAUGCCUUAUCAUUCCUGCAGGAAACAAGCAGUGCGUCACUGAGGCCAAGAACCCGGUAGCUCCUUUUCGCUGAUACCCGCUUCUCCGGCUGAAGAGCUGCCACCCGCGCUGUCUACCUGUGUGCCCACAAUGGCUCAUUUGAAACUGUCCGGUCCAGCCGAUUUACUUGUUCUCAAAUGCUUUCCGCGGGCUACAAAAAACGUGCCGAGAAUGAAAGUGAGCAACACCGUCAGCUCUCCCAGCCUCUCUCCUUUCUCGGCUCUGGGUCUAACGAACUACCUUUGUGCCCCUCCUCAGCCCAAGAACGACGACAAGGUGAGCAGGAUGCAGCCCGAGAGGGAACGGCUGGACAGAGCGCAGUGGGUCUGCGGCGCGGAUGCGGGCAAAGUCUCACAGCAACCUCAGGAGGACGAUCUCGACUCCGGCGUUCUUUACUCUGUGAGAUAUUUGGGUUGUGUGGAAGUGUUGCAGUCCAUGAGAUCACUCGAUUUCAAUACAAGAACCCAGGUCACAAGGGAAGCUAUAAACAGAGUGUGUGAGGCUGUUUUAGGCGAUAAAGCUGCCUUAAGAAAAAGGAAGCCUCCCAGCAAAGAAUUGUCUACUAUCUUGGGAAAGAGUAACCUCCAAUUUGCAGGACUGAGGACCAUAAUGAGCAUCUCUACGAGCAGCCUCAGCUUAAUGCUCCCAGACUCCAAACAGUUCGUUGCCAACCACAGCAUGCAGUCGGUCUCUUUUGCUUCUGGAGGAAAUCCAGACACAUGCAAUUUCGUUGCUUAUGUAGCCAAAGACCCAGUCAACCAAAGAGCAUGCCAUAUUUUGGAGUGUUUUGAUGAUUUGGCCCAUUGUGUUAUUAACAGCAUAGGACAAGCAUUUGAACUUCGUUUUAAACAAUACUUGAAGAACCCACAUCCAAUUAGUAAACCUCAUACUGAGAGAACUGCAGGCUUUGCAUUAUGGAGUAUGGAGGGUGACAGCCACAACUAUGGACACAACAAUGACAUCCCAGAUAAAGCAGCCUCUCCUGCAGGACUGCAGAAAGCAGAAGUUAACAAAGAUAUGGUGAUGCAGACUAAUAGUAAUCAAAUGAUUGAGGAUGGAAACAUUUCACAGAGUGCUAACUCAUCACCAAACGCCAUUUAUGAAAAUUAUUCCAAUCCACAAACAUCAACUUUCACUGGACUAGGCAAAGUUGUAAGCCCAUCAGAUCUUUUUGAUGAUCCAUCUUACAUGAACACCCAGAAUAUAAUGAAUCCUCACUCCUCUGCCAUGACAAAGGUGCCAGCAUUUGAUGCAAUUUCUCAGAACAGCUCAACAGAUAAAAGCCCAUCUGCGGUCCCCAUGCCUGCAACCCUCUCUUCCAUGAAAGAACAGCUGAUGAAGGAGAUCUGGUACUGUGGAAGAAUGAGCAGGCAGGAAGCUGAGAAGCUGCUCAUAAAAGAUGGAGACUUUCUGGUGCGGGAAAGCAUGACAACAUCAGGACAGUAUGUACUGACUGGGUUACAGGGAGGACAAGCCAAGCACUUACUUCUGGUGGACCCUGAGGGCAUGGUGAGAACCAAGGACCACAUAUUUGACAGCAUCAAUCAUCUGAUCAGUUACCACAUGGAUAAUCACCUGCCAAUCAUCUCAUCAGGAAGUGAUCUAUUUCUUAAGAAACCUGUCAAGAAGGAUAGAUGAAGAGAAGUUACUUUCAGUUUUAACCAUUGCACCUUCUCAAUGUUUUAAAAAGCAAGACCAUUCCAAUGGAAUACCAUUGUCUAUCUGUAUGUGGUCUCUUUCAAGAAAUAAAAAAUUCAGCCUACAAUGGUCAUGAUAACUUUGUACUUCUAAUUUAAACACGAUAAAUAAUUGUGAUUGGAGUGUCACUAUAAAUAAUUCAUGAUAUAUUAGGGAUAUAAAUCAUGAAAUAACAAAGCUACUUCAUUCUUGAACACAGGCUACAUUAAUCUCUUGAAAAAAGAAUGAGAACAUUAAUAGAGGAGUUAAAUUACCGAACUACUAGGCUAGAGACUUGGACGAUUGGACUGCAGACAUAAAAAUUCCAUGUGCCAAUUCAGAAUAUGAUGCACUUACCAUAUAACAAAACCAUAAUGUCAGAUCAGAAGAGAUCAAAUCAGAUUGUUUGAUUAUGUAGCCAUGUAACUAAUUUUAAGCACAAUUGGCUUUGAGAAGGUGGAAAAUCCAAUUCUAACUAAUUGCAGACCUUGGAACUGUGCCUUUAUGCUUCAGAUGUAUUACAACAUGUAUAGAUGCUUUAUACAAAGAAGCAAAUUAUUUUGCUAUAAACAGUUUCAAUGUUUCUUUAAAAUUUGUUUCAAUGCCUUGACAACAGAAUUCUAACCAGAAACCUUAGAAAAUGGGAUGGAAUUUAGUAAUGGUUUUCCUUGUAUCAAUACAUUUAAAGUACCAAUUCCAUUACUGCUUUAUUAAGCACUUUACUAACUGUACUAUUUUUUGUUCUUUAAGUUUAUUAGAAAAGGUAUCCCACAUGAAUGCAUAUUUAUGCCUUUAAGACAGAGCUAAAUAUUUCCAAUGGAACUUAAUUUUUUAACUUUGAAAUUACAUGAGAUACUAACAGAUUUAAGCUGGUAGAAAAAUAAUCAUCUUUAAGAACUGUACAAACUUUGAUAUACUUUUGUGAAAGAUAAAAUAUAUAUCUAAGGUAAUUUAGCUGUUACAUAUGCAUCACUGUAUAUCAAAAAGGAUUAUUAAUUGGAAAUUAGAAUUCCAGUCAGAAUGGUGUUUUUUUUUGCUGGUUUAAACACUGGACUACAAACAUGACUAUUCUUUUACAUCCUUUUAUCAAAGCAUAGCAUGAUUACAAGUGGUGGUAAAUCAUUUGGGUGAAAGCUCAUCCAAUCCAAAACACAUAUUAAAAUUAAUAAUUUUUUUUAAAUUCUGGAAGUGCAUGACUAUGUUUGAAAUAUGUCAUUUGUAAAUAUUAGAAUUGUGCAGCCUUACUUUUCACUUUUGUAAAGAAUAAAAUAUUAUUUUAUUCCUGG